GUGCGCCCGGGGCCGGAAGCGGAGAGGGUGGGGGCGCGCCCGGACCCUCCCUUGGGCUGGCGGACUUCGCGAAGUGCGGACGGGGGCCGGAUCGCACCAGGAAAUGGCGGCAGCGGUGGCCGUGAGCGGCGCCAAGCGGAGCCUGCGGGCCAAGCUGAAGCAGCGUCUGCGGGCGCUGAGCGCUGAGGAGCGGCUGCGCCAGUCCCACCUCUUGGCCCAGAAGGUGUUUGCCCAUAAUGAAUAUCAAAAGUCCAAAAGAGUGUCCAUCUUUCUGAGCAUGCCGGAUGAAAUUGAGACAGAGGAGAUCAUCAAGGACAUUUUCCGACAAGGCAAAACCUGCUUUAUCCCGCGGUACCAGUUGCAGAGCAAUCACAUGGAUAUGGUGAAGUUAGCAUCACCAGAGGAAAUCGCUUCACUGCCCAGAACUUCCUGGAACAUUCAGCAGCCCGGUGAGGAUGAGGUUCUGGAGGAGGCCUUGUCAACAGGGGGACUUGACCUCAUCUUCGUGCCAGGUCUCGGGUUCGACAAACAGAGCAACCGUUUGGGACGGGGCAAGGGCUACUAUGACGCCUACCUGAAGCGCUGUCUGCAGUCCCAGGACGUGAAACCCUACACCCUGGCCUUGGCUUUCAAAGAGCAGAUCUGCCUCCAGGUCCCGGUGAAUGAGAACGAUGUGAAGGUAGACGAAGUGCUUUACGAAGACUCCUGAGCACCUUUGGCUCUGACGACCUCAGCUGAAUAAUCAAGGUUUUGGGCCAGAAAAAAGUCGAAUAUGUGUAUUUUCUCUUUGUCAGAAAUUAGUGGAAAUUACACACUAAUGUGAAUAUGGGCUAUAUUGUUUGUAACGUAAGAUACACCUAACAUGAAACCAGUUUUAAAAAUCAAUAGCCAUGUGUGUAAUAGAACAUUGAUUAAAAUGGAGGCUAUCACCGUGUGCUUUUCAAUUUAA